AUGUCUGGACGUGGGAAAGGCGGCAAAGGACUCGGAAAAGGGGGCGCUAAGAGGCAUCGGAAGGUGCUUCGCGAUAACAUCCAAGGCAUUACCAAGCCUGCUAUUCGCCGUUUAGCUCGCCGUGGGGGAGUAAAGCGUAUUUCUGGCUUGAUCUAUGAAGAAACUCGAGGCGUGCUGAAGGUUUUUCUGGAAAACGUUAUUCGUGACGCCGUGACCUACACGGAGCAUGCAAAACGAAAGACCGUGACUGCGAUGGAUGUCGUUUAUGCCUUGAAACGCCAAGGUCGUACUCUGUACGGCUUCGGAGGCUAAAAAGUUGAAUUAACCGAAUACAAAACCCAAAGGUCCUUUUCAGGACCACCAAAUCUUUCAGAAAAUCGGCUGAGUUGCUUGCUGAUUUGGUAACCAGAAUUUUGGUAUAAACAUUCAUAUCUUGUGUUCAUGUCUGUUCAUGAGGCUCAAGUUCAGCUUGUUAGCAAAUUUCAGGAACAAUUCCUGCAGUGUUUUAAUCCAAUAUUUUCUGAAAUAGAUUGCUAUUGUC